ACAGAUAAGGACGAUAGGUGUUUGAUAGGAAAGAAGGAGCAAACCACACCAGAGCACCCGCCAACCAUCCACCUUCUGAGUUUGAACUCUCUAUCAAAACUGCAAGACACCCGACAAUAAUUGAUUUGUGAUCAGCUGGACAAUCUCAUAAAGGACGUCGCCGUUUGAAAGUCCGCACAUCCUCCGAGUGUGAGCUUUCUCCCACGUCAUGAACUCCAUGAUGACGUCAGGCAACAUGUCGAACCACGACCUGCCAUUGGUGGACGUGAACGUGACGUCAUUCGACCGUGAGUACCUCCACUGGUCGUUGAUCAUCGUGGAGGUCGGCGCGGUUGUCGUCAUCGUCAUCGGCGACAUCUCCAUGCUCAUGAUGUUCUUCACCAGGAAGCUGCUGGGCCAGUCCACCAACAUCCUGGUCUUUUCGGUGGCCAUCGGGGAUCUGGUCACGGGGCUACUGACUCUGCCUCUCGCCAUGUUGCAAAAGAGUAGACCAGGACACUUUCCCGCCCAAACCUGGCACGCCAGAACUGAGAGAGAACGACCCAGAUGGGAGACAGCCGAAGGAGGGGCAUCCUGAGUUCAGAUCUCCUGUGCACGUGUUGGCACAAACACAGAGAGUGAGCAGCGCCCUCAGCAUAUGGAGAGAAGGCCGGGUGUUGAUUCUCAUUCUGAAGAAACUCCUUGUUGUUGUCCUUUGUGGAUUA